CUCACUUACGGCAGUGUGGAAAAUUUCAUUUACGACAAUGAAGCACUUCACUUACGGCAAUGUGGCAACGUCGUCGGGGAAGAGAGCGAGCCGACACAAGUGUUUUCAUUUUCAUUUGCCCCAUGCACGGUUUUUCCCUCAAGUUUACUUGUUUCGUCAGCACUCGUCGGAUUUACUUGAGUUGAUAAGAAGAUUUUGGCUGGAGCUGGAACCUGACCGGGACAUUGGUAGGGGUCCCCUACUAAAAACGGAAAGCAUUAGCCUGUUAGCUACUAGCUGAAGUGUAGCGGGGUGAGUGUCUGCGUGACCGCCUGUGGCCGACGCCGGCGCGAUGCUGCUGACCGUCUUCUGCGCUCCGAGGAACCGGCCCGAAGUCACCUUCUCCCUGGAAGUGUCUCCGGAGCUGGAGCUGCGGGACUUCACCGCUCUGUGCGAGUUGGAGUCAGGAAUCCCGGCCGCGGAGAUACAGAUCUCCUACGCAGAGCAGCCCUUGCAAGACCCCUCGCGUGCAUUGGGGGCCUAUGGCCUAAAGGAUGGGGAUGUGGUUGUCCUGAGGCAGACAGAGGGGAGACCACCUGCCCAGCCUGCAUUUCCAGGGCUCCCACGGAUCGACUUCAGCUCCAUCGCAGUCCCCGGCACCUCCUCCGGCCAACAUCCCACUCCCCAACCGCCUCUCCAGAAUCAGAACCCGCAACAGCAGCGUUCCCAGCAGCUGCCCACACCCCCCUCCCUCACGGGCACAGCUUCCUCUCCACAAGGACUAGACAACCCCUCUCUCCUCCGCGAUAUGCUGUUGGCUAAUCCACAUGAGCUGUCUCUUCUGAAGGAGAGGAACCCACUACUGGCUGAAGCCCUGCUUAGUGGAGAUCUAGAGCGCUUCACCAAGGUUCUGCUGGAGCAACAGCAGGAGCGAGCACGCAGGGAACAGGAGAGGAUCCGACUGCUCACCGCUGAUCCUUUUGACUUGGAGGCACAGGCCAAAAUAGAGGAAGAAAUCAGGCAGCACAAUAUCGAAGAGAAUAUGACUAUUGCCAUGGAGGAGGCACCUGAGAGCUUUGGCCAAGUGGUCAUGCUGUACAUCAAUUGCAAAGUCAAUGGCCAUCCUGUCAAGGCCUUUGUUGACUCAGGAGCUCAAAUGACAAUCAUGAGCCAAGCCUGUGCUGAGCGCUGUAACAUCAUGCGAUUGGUGGAUCGACGCUGGGCAGGAAUUGCAAAGGGUGUGGGCACACAGAAGAUUAUAGGCCGGGUUCACCUUGCUCAGGUCCAAAUUGAGGGAGAUUUUCUGCCAUGUUCCUUCUCCAUUCUGGAGGACCAGCCAAUGGACAUGCUGCUGGGCCUGGACAUGUUGAAGAGGCACCAGUGCUCCAUCGAUUUGAAGAAGAGCGUGCUCCUUAUCGGCACCACCGGCUCCGAGACUCGCUUCUUGCCCGAGGCAGAGCUACCAGAUUGUGCCCGGCUGGCAUACGGUGCUGACACCCGGCCAGAGGAAAUUGCAGACAGGGAGCUGGCCGAGGCCCUGCAGAGAUCUGCGCAGGAAAGCGAUAUUGAAGAUGGACAAACUACCUCACCACAGUCCCUGCCAUACUCCUUGACCACUUGUAAUGAUGAAGACUCAAAAUUCUCCCCAUCUCCGGACUACCCCCGGAACCCAGCCUUAGACCGGUCCAAGUCUGCCCCUGCCUUCCUGCAUUCUCCCCUGCGAGAGGAGACGGGUGUGUCAGGGCCCAGCCACAACCAGCUGCCCUUCUACGGUGACUCUGGGCCUGCAUCAGUAUCACUAGAGGAGGAGAUCCAUCUGGAUCCAUCAGUUGCUCCUCUUGAUAGCUGUUCUCCUCAGGACCCACUUACUGAUCCUCCUGAAGAUGAGGCUUUGAGUCAAACUUUGAAACAGGGUGCGGCCCCAGAUCUUGCACCUCAGGUGGGUGCAGAUACAGGGCGAAAUGAAACUGCGGCUGUCCCACUGCUACCAGUUGCUCACCCUGACCCCAUUCCCACAUCAUCACAGGAGAUGAUGGAAGAACACCUUUCCGGCACUAGGCACCCUCACUUAAUCCUUCCACAAGAAUGUCCAGAUAGCCGGAAUGACAGGGAAGAAACAGUAGUGGAAAUGGAGAGUCACAGUCCUCAGUGCCCGCACCAAGUUCCCCUUGAUGCUGAACUUCAUCCUGAGCUCGACCUUUGCAUCAACGGUCCCACACCCCAAAAUGACCUUAGUACAGAGUCCAUCAGUCGGUGUACCGAAAGAGUGGACUUGCCUGUGCCGACUGCCAAUGAGAGGGUCCCACCAGAGGGGGAGCUCCAGCUGAAGUCUGAAAGUAUGCCUUCCUUGGCUGCUGCCCUGAUGGAGCUUCAUGAGCUGCUGGUAUCCAGCAGCCGCAACUUGUCCCGGGAUCACAGCCCUGUUUCUUCCCCCAUGCACAGACAGGAUGCUGAUGGGGGUGAUGGGGAUAACAUUAUGGAGUAUCAAACACCAACUGGCUCUGAUGACACUGCCAGUGAAAGUACAGAACCUAACUCUACCAGCCUCAAGAGUCCCAGUGCACCAAGUGCAGCCUCUCUUGCUCCUCUCACCAUUGACUCCUCAGACCCAGCAGGAAGCACUGGGAGAGAGGUGUGCGAUGGACGUAAUAGAGAGGAGGAAGUAGUGUAUUUUGACAACUUGAGAGAAAGUGCAAUGUGCUUAAAUGCAGAGCGAGAAGGAGAUCAAGGGUCUGAAGUAGAGCUGGAUCCUUUAGCCCAAAGUAACUCAGAUAAUCUGAAGCUCAGAGAGUCACCCGAGGGCGAGCAGGACAGGGGUGUUGCAGAUGGACACGCGGCUGUCUCAGGCCCUCUCAAUCCCCUGCCCUCUAGGGCUGAGGUGAUUGCUCCCCCCACGUGUUGCACUACAGCUCCAGAUGAGGUCUCUAACCCCACAACUCUCAGUUCUUCUCUCCCUACCUUUUCACCAACCUCUCUUCCUCUCUCUCAGCCUUUGAUACCAUCUUCUGCUUCUCCUCUUGUUCCUUUGUCCCUCCCCUCUACUCCACCUCCUCUGAUAGAGCAAUUCCCAGAAGCGCACAUCCAGAGAAUUCUGGAGGCUGGAUUCUCAGUCAGGGAGGCUCAUGAGGCUUUGGAACGGGCUGAAGGUGUUGUGGAGCUAGCCUUGCUGGUGCUGCUGGCUCGAAAAAUCACUGUGCCCACCUAGACCCCAAGACCUUCUCAGCAGGAAAGCCUGCUGGAGCCAGACCUUUGAACUUUCACUCUUCAAACUUUCACCUAUUAACAUACAUACAACUUCAUCUAUGCUCUUGCCCCGGGCCAAGCCUUUUGACGCUUCAUCGUUGUCAAGAGGACAACCUUUGACUUUUUAUCGAACAAUUCAUAAAGGAUGUUAUAGGAGAUGAUUUUUAACCCACCCCCAUCUCAAAGGAACGUGUCAGUUGUGUUUGCAUGUUGUUUUCAUUGGCAGGUAGAUGUGUAACAUUGAGGUGGUUUUGGAAUCAGUUACACUUUUGGGUUCCAGUUAAAUUUUCACAGAUUUUAAAUGGCAUAGCUCCCAAUUUCUCAAUAAUGUAAGCUGCGUUUCUUAGCGGGAACGAAUAAGAACGAGGCCCGUGUAUCUUAAUCAUUUAUUCAAAUGAUAGUUGUAGAGUACACUACAUGGGAAACGUUAUCGGUUCAUUUUAGGAUAGCUAUCUGUAUUUUAUUCAGAAGAAAGGAAUUGCGAAAGCUGUGUGAUUGUGUUGCAGCCAUAAUGCAUCGAGUUUUUCGUUUGCCCUUAUCAACCCAUAUGCCUUUAUUUCCGUGAUGGCUUCUGAAAUCAAAGAAGAUGCAAAGUCGUCAGGGGACUAUUGAAGAUUAUACUAGCUGAAUCAGAGCUAUUUUCUGUGGUGGUUCAUCAUAUCUUAGAAUUGUUCCUGAGAUUCUGUUCUACAGUGACAACCAGCUUCACUGAAUUCUUAUGUUGACUCAUCUUGAGUAUUUGUGAUAUUACAGUAUUUUCUUUGAAGGGGUUUGCUGGAAGCAAGCCAUCGGGGGUGGGAGCCUGAUACCCAGACAAUAAACUGAAUUGGGAACAUGGUGGUCAUCUCUGCCAGCCUGUCCUGGCAUGCCAGGGUGUUGAUGUCUCACUUCGUUCAUUUUACUUUUUCUGCUAAUAAAUCCUAUGUAUAUUUGUGAUUUUAGCCAUUGUCAUUCAACUAUUCUCUUAUUACCAAAUGUGUAACCCCAAAUACUGGAGAACCCUAGUAAUGCUGUGAUGUACAAUGCUGAAUCAAAAGCUUUCAGAAAGAAAAUAUGGCUAUCAAUUUCCUCCCCUCAUGGUAUUUAGCAAAACCAGAUGACCUUUUUUUCUAUCAGAUUUUUCUAAAACUUGAUAAAUGUCAGGAUUGUAACUUCUUACAUUUAACAAAUUUAGAAAAGUCAGUUUGCUCACAGGUCGUACUGCUUUGUGAAAUGCCUCCUACGUAUUACUUGAUUAUCUGUUAGGGUUGAGCCAGGUUUGCAUGUUUUUCAGUCAGAUGGCUCUAUGGGUAGAUUUUUCCAGGGAUUUUUAGGUAGUUCUUGUUCAGUCAGGAUUUUACCUUAAUUCAGGGUUUUUUCUGCAUCUUGCCUUUUCUCCUUUUUGGAUCUUUUAUCGGUUAAAUCACCUCACCUUAAUUCAUAUAUUUCAUUUAGCUGUCAGAUCAUUCUGUCGUUUUGUUCUUAGGUUAACAUAUUUGUCUUUCAACAUUAGUUUUGUUUUGACAUUCAAGCUUUUUGAAUAGCUCAUUUUGAUCUAUAAAUGA